UAAUAGGCUUAACGGCUACAGAAUAUUCUCGACACUCGUAUAGUACUUAAAAACAUACAGUACUUCAGCACAAGUAUUGCCUCCGAAAUAAUAGACAUUAAAAAUGAAGGAAACCCUGAAAUCGAUUGAGGAAAAGGAGUUUAAUUGCAUUAAGAUUGUGGUGGUGGGCGACAUGCGAUCCGGAAAGACCUCGCUCAUACACCGAUUCAUCAACGAUAAAUAUCCAGAGGGUAACCCCUGUAGAUCAUUAGGGAAACCCCCGUAUGUAUCGUUAGGCAACACUCAUAUAUAUCCUGAUGGGUGUGUGGAUCCCAUUCCCACAUCUUUUAUAUGA